CGUCACCCGUCAGGGCAGGGAGCCCGCGUGUAAAACACAGGGUCAUCGCUACAGAAAUUGCUUAAACGUCCCCGCGUUCCUCUCGGUCCCCACUGCGAGUCCGCUGUCGGCGGGGCGGCACUGCCGUACGCGGUGCUCGGUGAGAGCCGGCGAGUCGCCGUGCGGCACCGCGGAGUGGGAGCCCCAGUUCGGCGAACGGACGGGAUCCUCAGCGCCGGGACUAAAAGAUUCAGAUAUGUCCUUCAUAUUUGACUGGAUUUACAGUGGCUUCAGUAGUGUAUUACAGUUCUUAGGACUGUACAAGAAAUCAGGCAAACUAGUUUUUCUUGGACUGGACAAUGCUGGAAAAACUACACUGCUGCACAUGCUCAAAGAUGACAGGCUGGGACAGCAUGUCCCCACACUACACCCCACUUCAGAAGAGCUGACAAUUGCUGGAAUGACUUUCACUACUUUUGAUCUGGGUGGACAUGCUCAAGCUCGCAGAGUGUGGAAAAACUAUCUGCCUGCUAUUAAUGGCAUUGUGUUCUUGGUGGACUGCGCAGAUCAUGACAGACUGCUUGAAUCAAAAGAAGAGCUCGAUUCACUAAUGACAGACGAAACUAUUGCUAAUGUGCCUAUCCUAAUCCUUGGUAAUAAGAUUGACAGACCUGAAGCCAUCAGUGAAGAGAGGUUACGAGAGAUGUUUGGUCUGUAUGGCCAGACAACAGGAAAGGGCAGUAUACCAUUGAAAGAACUGAAUGCAAGGCCACUAGAAGUGUUCAUGUGCAGCGUGCUAAAGAGACAAGGCUAUGGAGAAGGAUUCCGUUGGAUGGCACAGUACAUUGAUUAAUGCCAAGAUCACAUUAGUGCAUCCUGUCCCAUGUCUGAAUAUUAAGUCUGCUCCUUAUUUGAUCACUCGGUGUACACAACUUGGAUUCGUUUGACUGUUUAGUUAUAAAAGCAUCCAUUUUUACAUAAUUGUAUCUCCUAUGCUAAAUUGUAAGUGUGAGGAUUGAGAAAUUCUUUCAAGCAAGUUUGUAAGCUGAAGUACCACCACAUGUUAGCUUUCUAAUCCCAUACAGCAUUCUUUUGCAACAUUUAAUUUAACAAGUCUCCAGCACCAUUUUUGGACAGAGCAACUUUCCAGUACAGUAUGUUUGAAUGCACUUUUUAACAGCUAAAAACUGCAAACGUGAGAAAUAUUUAAUGCUUAUCAUGUUAAAUUUUUUUAUGUACUUUUUUGAAACUGGUUUUAUAACUUUAGAGUAUAUAACCAUCUUUCAAGGAAUAAUAAAUAAUUAGCUGAUGGAUAAUUGCAUGAUGCCUUACAGUUUUCAAUAAUAUACUUUCUUAUGCAACGUCAUGCAAUAAAUUUAAAUCCAGUUUUUGGCAACUUUAAUGGAAAAUGUUUCAUUUUAAUGUGUCUUAACUAGUGAGGCUGUCUGACGAUCUGAAUAUGGGGGAUGUUGUCCUGAAGCACAGAAGGCCACAAAGUACUUUCAUUGUAUAUUAGAGAGUAAGCUGUUUCCUUCAGACUACCAAAUUGCAUUUCCUUUAGGGUUUUACAUUAAUGGAACUCUAAUCUGAUGCCCUUAUAACUACCACCUUUAAAAAGGACAGAUCAUGGAAAUCAGUUGUGCCGAUGCAGAUCUUGAACUAAUGUAAAAAGCGGUCUUACUCUGCUGGUACCUUGACUUACACCCCUGAAAUGACACAGAAAUUACAAUUACCAUUAGUGCUACACUGAAUUGUUCUGUUCUUGGUUUCGGUAGAUAUGGAUUCUGCCAGAAGAUUUGUCUGUGACAUUGCCAGAAAAAAAAAAAUCGCUGCUGUUGCUUGUGAAAAUGUGUCAGCACACCCCUAAUUGGCCAGUUUUAUUUUUGGUGUUCUGAGUUGGAACAAGAUGGAUUGUUUUCUGCAGUUUUGCCCUGAAGCUCAGUCAGAAUGGCAGUUGUUGCGUGCCCAGGUGGCUUGUUUCUGGGGUAAAAUUCCAUUAUCUUCAGUGCAUGUUUCCAGACUUUUGACUGUUUUUUCCCCACCUCCCAGUGCAUUCGCUCCCUGAGCAGGUUAUUUUCUAAGAAGGAGAGGUGACGCACGUAAAUAUAUGGACAUCUUGUUGACACUGGCUGACAUUGCUGUGGACCUGUGAUUUGCGUUUCUGUGUGCAGCAGAUGUAGCUGAUGAAGGCAGGGCUUCAGCCCUGGGGUCGUUGUUUCGCUGUGCUGGGUUUGGCUUUCACUGUGUAGUGUGUUUCACCUUUGCUCUUCCACUUUUCACAAGGGUGAAAAGUAUUGAACUGCUACAGAUGUUCUUACAGAACCCCAGGGCUGGAGCUGCUUUUUACUCACUGUUGUCGAUCUUCUCUAAAAUGCUUUAGGCCCUGUUUCUUCAACAUCCGUAGCAGCAAACAAAUUUCUGUCUCUCUUGGUUUCGUACAUAAUUUUCUCUCUUAAACCACCGAGUUUGAAUCUCGUAUUUUAAGCCUGCAGACUUUAAAUGUGAGCCCGUAGUCUCUAAAUAGGCACAUGGUGAGUAAAUAAGGGGUACUCCCCUCCCGGAUCAGGGCUUGUGUGAUUAAAUAAUGAUGAUGGUUUCCCCUCAGUCCGAGGUUGUGCGUCUGAAUCAGAUGAAUAAUCCAUAACCUAACUAAUAUAGAUGAUAGCUGGCACUAGUUACAGCACAAUCUUGCAAAAUUUUAAGCAUACUUUGUGCGUGGUGAAGAACAGAAGUGAGGCUGUUGGGUAGAUUGACCAGCAUGAGUUAAUCCUGCCUUUAAACUAGUGCUCUGCUGCAGAGCAGUGCCUCCGCGUUGCACAAGUCAAACUGUAGAUAAGAAAUGUCAUCUUACAGGUGUGUAGACAACAUGCGAGUCUUUGCUCACAUGUUUGGGGAACACAAAUUUUUCCCCACCCCACACGUUUUUCUCAUAAUGGUUAUAAUGCAACAGUGUAAAUAUUCAGAACUACUGCUUGCGGUCACGUAGCUGUGUUGAAGGGGGAGACUUGGGACUGUGCUGCCUGUGUUGAUGGAAAUGAAGCUGGAAGUGGAGUCGUGCUGCUCUCGUGCUCCUCUGUGGAGUGGGGAGUGCCUGCAGACCCCUUCCACAGGCUGAGCCAUUCCACGGGUGUUGGAAGAGAGAGGGGACCUCUUCAGCUGCCACUCAACCUACUGUGAAUAACAUGGGCUGUAAGGAGAGGGCUGAUGGUCUUAAGAGCUAAAAAAGACCAGAGGUGAUGCUGCUUUAAAAGUGUGUGUGAGGGGUAAUCCUUAGCGUUACGGAAGUACUCAGAUUUCAUGUUUCAUACGGUGAGAUGCUAGUUUAAAUGUGGUUGUAAUAAGGGCAUGAAGAAAUUUGGACCUUUUGUUUUCUGUCUGGGUAUCGUAAUGGUUCCCACUGUGGGAACAGCUGAACAACAGUCACCAAUAAUCUCACUGUUCUUUCUGGAGAGGAAAUAUUUCCUCUGUAGUUUACAUUCUGUUGUGCACAUGAAUGUGAAUGGGUGUUGUGUAUCUUUGUGUGAAGACUUUAUUGAUAGAAAAAUACACUCGUGAGAGUUCUUCUGGUGGUUUUCAUCCCCACCACCCCUCCAUCUCCUGUACCUUUAUUUCUGGAGGUUGCUUAUUGCUGUGACUGUGACCAGUCCUACUAACUUACAAAAGAAGCAACGUUCACAUCUGGGUCUGACUUUUGUGAAUUACAUUUGCACUCUUGACUAUGCAGAUUUCAAUUAAGCAUCACUUUAAAGAACGUGAAAAAGAAAAUUCGUUGAUAACUGUGUUAUUUGUGGAGUCUCAAAUUUGCUUUUGCACUACAACUUUAAGACAAAUGAGUGCAGAUUUCUAAACUACUAACAACAACUGCAGACAAAACGGCCCAUAUUUCACUGCAGUGACCCCAUAUAGUAGCAUCUGUGAGUUGAAUAACAUUUAUUUUGCUUGGAUUUAAUUAGACACUGGUUUUAGUAUGCACUGUGCAACCGAGGGGCAUUGCUGCAUUUCAGUCUUAGUUUACUUCAUUUUUGUAGCAACAUUUAUUGGCACUGGAGGUGGGAAAGAUCUGUGACUGUUCUCAUUUACCCUCGUCCAGACCAAGACUAUUUCAUGAAGUGUGUUUUCUCAUGCUGUAUUCAGUGUUCAGGUACUGUCUAUGAUGUGCCAAAGAUGACCUAUGGCAUUCACUGGAAUAUAAUACCUGCAUGUGUGCGAGCUUUGCCGUGUUUUAAUAGUUGGAAUUCAGCAGCAAAUCGAGCAUUUGACAUCUGCUUGUUUGUAACUAAAGUCAACUCAGAAAAACGAUAUUGUUGUUCUUCAGUCCCAGUGAAUUCACAGGUCUGCUUCAAGUAGAAUUGUUCUCUCUCAUUUGUACUGUCAGCGUGUUUGGUUGUCACCAACCAAAGUCCAAUAUUUCUAUCGACUACAACAUGCUCAGCCGCAGUGUAAAUAACGUAAUCAUGAGUUAUGGACUUCUGAGAUGCAUUACAAACAGCCUAAUCCAUUGGCUGUCGGUGGGGACGUGUAACUUAUUUGCACUUAGAUAAACCACUUUUGCACUAGUAUCUCAGCGUGGAACUAAACAUUUUCUGUUUUGAAAUGUAAGUGCUCUGAAUGUUUAAAAGCAUAAUUUAUAUAAUAAACUGCAGAGGAAGAACUAAA